AUGUGCGUAGCCGGCGGGGCGCUGGCGCUACUGCUGAUACUGCUGACGGCCGCUACUGUGCGCCUCGCUGUAAUGCUGGUGCAGCUCGUGACACCGCGUUAUACACUGGCGAUCUGUGCCGUGGCGCUCGCCUGCUGGUUCGUGGACUCGCGACGACGACGCUACGCCAGGGGCUUCUACUCGUGCUCCCGCGUGGCGACGGCACCACCGUCCGAGACUGAGUCGGAGGACGACGACAGUGAGGUCGGAGGAUCUAGCAGAGCUACUAAGAUGUCGGCUUGCUCCUCUUCCAGACAUAGUAUGAGCCUCGUGGACGUGCGCACUCGCAGCAACACCACAGACCGAGAGCUCCAACGGAGACACGCCACGCGCCCCCGGUCCACAUCGAAACACAGAGUGCCGAGGCGGCGCGCUGACACGGGUAUGACGGGCAGUACCAAGCACAACGAGCGCUCGCGUCGCGCGACGUUCACAUCUAAGCAGGACGCGCACGGCACCUCGAGCAGAUCCGGCUCCGACAUGCUGGAGGACGCGCUGCGCUCGGACGGAUAUUGGAUUGGAGAUUUCCGUGUGCAACGUCGGCUGGUGUCGCGCCGCAGUCACGCCAACAGCCCCAAGGCCAAUUGA